AUGUAUACGAGUAAAGCAGAACUUUUACAACAACUUGAAGAAUGGGAGCUAAAACACAAAGAGUUAUUAGAAAAAGAGGAAGACAACGAGGUCAUUUUGGCGAGGCAGAAAAUUCAAAGUAUCAAGGAAACUUUGACAAGCAAUAAAACUAAGAAAAUUGUUGCCAAGGUUCCGAAAGGAAUGAAAGAUAACUUGCCAAGAGAAAUGGCUGUUAGAGAAAAAGUUUUUAAACUUAUAAUUGAAGUUUUUAAAAGACAUGGAGCUGUAGCUAUUGAUACUCCUGUUAUGGAAUUGAAAGAAAUUUUAGUUGAUAAGUAUGGUGAAGAGUCUAAACUUAUAUACGACGUAGCCGAUCAAGGAGGGGAGCUUUGUGCCUUGCGUUACGAUUUAACGGUUCCUUUUGCGCGGUUUGUAGCUACACACAAAAUCGAUAACAUCAAACGCUACCACAUAGCAAAGGUUUAUCGGCGCGACCAGCCAGCCAUCGAACGAGGCCGUUUUAGAGAGUUCUAUCAAUGCGAUUUUGAUAUUGCCGGCAUUUACGAUCCUUUAUUGCCUGAUGCUGAUUGCCUUCGCGUCGUUUAUGAAAUCAUGCAAUCUUUAGAACUCGGAGAUUUUAUAAUAAAAAUUAAUCACCGCAAAAUUCUUAAUGGACUUUUUGAGUACUGCGGUGUUCCUGCGGCUCAAUUUCGUACAAUCUGCUCUUCCAUCGACAAAUUAGACAAAAGUUCUUGGGAAGCUGUAAGGAAGGAAAUGAUUGAAGUCAAAGGGAUUCCGGCAUGCAUGGCUGAUCAAAUUGGAGAAUUUAUAAAUUAUAGAGAAAAAGAUUUGGACUGUCACCAGCUUCUUUAUACGCUUAGCUGCACCCUUGGCAAUACUGACACUGCAAAAUCGGGAAUCCUUGAAAUAAAGAUGCUUUUUGACUACUUACAGUGUUUCGGAGUCAUGGAUCGUAUUAGUUUUGAUCUAAGUUUGGCACGUGGACUGGACUAUUACACGGGAGUCAUCUUCGAAACUAUUUUUACAGAUGCACUAGUUGGCUCCGUAGCUGGUGGCGGAAGAUACGACGAUCUGGUCGGAAGAUUUAGUAAAAAUGGGCGAAAAGUCCCCUGUGUUGGUGUUAGCAUCGGAGUCGAGCGCAUCUUUACUUUGAUGGAAGCUAAAUUAUUUAAACUAGAUGCAGAAAAAAUCAUCUCGAGGGAAAACGAAACUGAAGUUUACGUUGCAUCUACUCACGGAUGCGUAGAAGAGCGUUUAAAAAUAGUUGCAGAAUUGUGGGAUGCUGGAAUUAAAACGGAAUUUAUGUAUAAAAAUCAACCAAAACUUCUUCGACAGUUUCAACACUGCGAAGACUUAAGAGUGCCUCUUUGCGUUAUUAUUGGCCCUGCAGAAUUGGAAGAAGGCCAGAUAAUCAUUCGGGACGUUUUCUUGAGACGCGAUGAAAAAGUUAAUCGUUCCGAAUUGACUUCUCGCAUUUUGGCAAAGUUAAAUAAGCUAUGA